AUCGACGAGGAUAAGCUGUUCAAGUAGGUCAUUUCCCUGUCACAUGAGCGCAGUCGCUCCAACACGGAAGACCACCCGACUGUGCGAUGCUAACUCAAAGCUUGAUCGCAGCCCUAAAAUCAACACCUAUCUGCAAGUCACCGAUGUUGCAGAUGCUGGCUUCAACUACCACCUCAUAUCUGUCUUCGGCUCGCAGUCGACAGGCAAGUCCACGCUUCUGAACCAUCUGUUUGGUACCGAGUUCAAUGUCAUGUCCGAGUCCGAGCGCCGACAGACGACCAAAGGAAUAUGGAUGUCCAAGAACAAAAAGGGGUCCAUGGCCGACAACAUCCUGGUCAUGGAUGUCGAAGGCACCGAUGGUCGCGAACGUGGCGAAGACCAAGACUUUGAAAGAAAGAGCGCCCUCUUCGCCUUGGCCACCAGCGAGGUCCUAAUUGUCAACAUUUGGGAGCACCAGGUUGGUCUGUAUCAGGGAGCCAACAUGGGACUUCUCAAGACUGUAUUCGAGGUCAACCUGCAGCUCUUCCUCAAGGACAAACAGUCUACUCCACGAUCGCUGCUGUUUUUCGUUAUUCGAGACCACAUUGGCAACACCCCCUUGUCGAACCUCCAGAACACUCUUAUACAAGACCUGGGAAAGCUCUGGGCUGGCAUUUCAAAGCCCCAGGGGCUGGAAAACUCGCGCAUCGAGGACUACUUCGAUUUCGCCUUCUCAGCUUUGCCUCAUAAGAUUCUCCAACCCGACAAGUUCGUAACGGAGACCGAGAAACUAGGGCAAAGGUUUGUUACUGCCAGUCGAGGCACCAAGGUCAUUGGCCAGCACGGGCAGCAGGAGCUCGAUGGAGGUGUACUCCUGCCAGAGUAUCAUCGAAGAAUCCCUGCCGAUGGCUUUUCUGUCUACGCCGAGGGAAUAUGGGAUCAGAUUGUCAACAACAAGGAUCUCGACCUUCCAACACAACAAGAACUGCUAGCACAGUUCCGAUGCGACGAAAUUGCGAGGGAGGCUCUCGUUGCCUUCGAUGAAGCCAUUACUCCACUCGAAGAGAAGCAAGCCGAAGCCGCACGCGUAGGAAAGCCCUCCGUACUACCGGACCUUGGUCAGACUGGAACCACAGCUAGGGAGAAGUGCCUGAAGAGCUUUGAAAGCUCUGCUAGUAGAUAUCACAAGGGUGUAUACAAGCGGAAGCAUCAAGAACUCGAGACCAAGAUCGACCAGCGUUUGAAAGCUCUAUACCACGGCCAGGUCUCCGCAAUCCACAAAUCGGGUGUCGCCUCAUUCAGCGAUGCUGUCUCUGGCGCCGUCAAGGCUGGACAGAAGUCCGGAGGCGCAUACGAGUUUGCUGACAUUGUUGACUCCGAAAAGACCAAAACGUUGGAGUUCUUCAAAAAGGAGGCUCAGAGCCUGGCUAUCCAAGGUGUACCAUGGACCAACUUCAAGUCGCAAUACUUGCUUUUCGAGCAGGAACUCGACCAGGUCAGCGCCAAGCUUAGAAAGGAAGAAAUGCGCAGGCUGGCCACAAGGGUUGAGCGCUGGGUCAAGUCUCGCCUGGGAGAUGCAGUUGGACUCGAGUUCAACAAGCUAGGGUCUGGUAGAGCGGGAUCUGGCGCGCCCGAGACAGGCGACAAGCCAGCUACCGAAAAGGAUCUUUGGGACCGAAUCUGGAACGUCUUCAUCUCUGUCGUCAAAGAAGCAGAGGGCCGUUUCACCGACAGAGCCAAGAGCUUUGAGGCGAGCCAGGGUGAGGUGGAGGUUGGAUUAUGGCGCCUUCGACGCAAGAGCUGGGUUGCGUUGAGAGAGAAGAUUGAGGAGGAGGUUAUGGAAGGCAACAUUUUGCUGAAGCUCCGGGAGAACUUCGAGGACAAAUUCCGCUACGACGAGGCUGGUGUUCCCCGGAUCUGGCGGCCAACUGACGAUAUUGAGGGCAUCUAUACCAAGGCUCGAGAGUCUACUCUGACGCUCAUUCCUCUGCUUUCGAGGUUCAGACUUUCCGAAACUUACGGCCCACCCGACCUACCCGAUUUCAUUGGCAACCAACCCGCAGGGGUAGAAGCUGAGGACGAAGAUGACCUCACGCCCAUCGGCGGCGUAGACGAGGAAGACGGUAAAAGCCUCGAGGAGGAGACGACAAUCUUGAGCGAAAGCAAGCGCCAGGACCUUGUGGUCAGGUUCAAGAAGACAGCCGAUGGCGUUUAUGUCGAAGCUAAGCGCAGCGCGAUUGGCGGCGUUUCACAAGUGCCAUUAUACUUCUACGCAAUACUCUUGGCACUUGGGUGGAAUGAACUUGUCACAGUUCUCCGUAACCCGGUGCUCUUCCUGCUCCUCAUUCUGUUUGCAGGUGGCGCGUAUGUGGCUUACACUCUCAACCUCCUUGGGCCCAUGAUGCAAAUGAGCGGCGCGGCCUGGGGCCAGGGUGUCGAGAUCGGCAAGCAGAAGUUGCGUGACUUCCUCGAGAACAACGAGACAGCACGGGCAGCCAUCUCCAUGCCCGCACGCCGCGAUACCGACUCUAUCAGCAUGGACACGCUGGACAGCCGUGGCAAGAAGGCCGAGCGAAGGGCCAACGGCGGCAGUGCCGUGGAUGAUGAUGACGAGAUCUGAUGUAAAACAUAGUGAUUGAUGAAUGGUGGGGCGCAUAUAGGGUAUUUGCAUGAUGGAGCAAUUAUCAUAAGUCACACUCGUGUGAUGGCUUGACAUGCAUUUCUGUCAAGUGAAGCUAAAUCUCAACCGUUACUCCUUAACGCCUCUCUCCCAUGCAGGUCCAACUUAUACAUACACAUAUAUCUAGAAGCGCCCCCCCCCCCCUCCCCCC